AGUACUUCCGGUUGAAUAAAUUUUGUUUUUUUUAUCGAUCAAAAGUAGAAUAUGUCAGAAGAGGACGGACAGUCAGAACCUAGACGCUCUAAAAUGAAUACCCGUGAAGGAAAACCCAAAUUCAAAGAUCCGUUAAUGAACACAGCUGAUGACAGUGACGAAGGAGAGUUAGAGAGUCUAGACCUGGAUGCAUCUGGAAAGUCGGAACUAAGUGUGUCUAGAAGUUCAAGCCUUAUCGCUAAUCUCAGUGGUUAUGAUGAUGAUGAAAAUGCUGGUAAUGACAUGGUUAUUAUUGUGGAUGAUCCAGAAAAACACAGUGGCACUAUGGACUCCUAUGUUACAUUCCGUAUUACACUUAAGAUCAUAAAUAGCUUAUAUACAAAAUAUUUUGUUUAUUUUUAUCAGCCACUUCCAGAAAAGCAUACAUUACGAAGACUUGACCGGUUUAGUGCUGAGUUUUUACGAGUCAGGGGUAUAGCUCUUCAGAAAUUUCUCACAAGACUUGCUGAUCAUCCUGUUCUAUCUUUUGACAAGAAUUUCCAGAUAUUUUUGACAGCAAAAGCUUGGGAAUUUCAAGCGCAUAAGAAACAAUCAACAGGCCUACUUGGAAGAGUGUCAGACUCCAUUCACAAUAUGGGAGCAUCUUAUAUGAUGAAAAACAGAAUUCCAGAGUUUACCAUAAUGCAUGAAUACAUGCAGGCCUUUGGAGAAAAGCUGGCUAGCAUUGACAGAAUUACACAGAGGAUUGUUAAAGAACAAACAGAUUUUCAUACAGAUUUGCUGGAAUGGGGGCCAAUCUACACACUGUGGGCAAACUCUGAAGAUCAGCUGGUCAAUGCUCUGCUCACAAUGUCUAAAACUGUAGAUGUUUGCAGUGAGGCAUUGAAAGAUUUAAUUGAUGCAACAGAUGAUAACUUCAGUCAGCCAUUGAAGGAAUAUAUUCUAUACUCCGAAGCUAUAAAGGCUGUUUUGAGAAGAAGAGAUGCAAUUCAGUCACAGUAUGAAGAAACUCUGGAUGAACUCAACAAACGGAAGGAUGAGCGAGAACAGCUGAAGAUAUCUGAUCAAACUUAUUCUCUUGGGGCUUUCCUUGGCAAGGAUCCAGACGAGGUGAAACAACAGAAACAAGAUAAGUUAGACCAGCAAAUAACUGAUCUCACAGCACAGAUGGAAAGGCUGAAUGACAAGUCUGUGGUGGCUGACAGUGACUUGAGAGCAGAUAUGGAGAGAUGGCAUAAAAACAAGCAUAAAGAUAUGAAGGAAAUAUUUAUUGAAAUGGCAGAUAGAAAUCUUCACUACUAUGAAAAGUGUUUGAAGUCAUGGGAAGAUGCGAUACGAGCUAUUCAAUGCCGGGAACUAGAAACAACAAGCUGUGAUACAAAAGAUGAAGACAAGGAUGAAGUUUCUUUAAAACAUACAGAAAGUACUGAGACUGAUAAAACAGCAUCUGACCUCAGUUAAACUGUCAACGUGUCUAUUAUAGUGGUCAAAAGUAAAAGUACUUGUUUGUGAACAUACUCAAAAGCAUAUCUGUACUUCAGUUCAGUGUAAAUUCUUCCCACCCAGUGAAGUUGAAAGAGUAUUUACAAACAGUAUUUUAAAAUUUGAUGACGAUUGUACAUAAAAUUAUUUAUUGAAACAGAGGCAUAUGGAAAAAAUAAGUGUGGUUUGAGGAAUGUUUGGUUAUUGAUUACAGUUCCCAUAAAUAUAAUAUAAUUACCUCCCUUGUCACCAGACAGGCUGCAGUUAUUUCUUCCAAAUGCAACUGUAAAAAUUGUGGACCAGUGCAAUAUUUGCUGUGUUUUUAGGUAUCGAAUUUUGUACUUUAAAUGUCAUGCUUUCUACUGCCAAAAUAGAACGUGUAAAUGUACACUUCUUUUGACUGUCAAUAACCAUUACCCUGCACACAUUAGUGACAUUACAGGGACCAGAUUCAUUCAUUUAACCAUAUUUAACCUUUGCUCAGUGUCUUUAAAUUCAGCAAUCAUACAUAUUUCAUAACCUGUUCCUGUCUUUUGUACAUUUGAACUUUCAUGAAACAUAAUUUUUAGGAAAACUUCAUAGGGAAUUAUUUUCUCUAAAUAUAUACUUGUAACAUUUGUCAUUUUUGCUUAGAAAAUUUUAAAAUAUUUUUAAGUUCUUGUGUAAUCACAAUGAUGUAAAAAAAAUAGACAUUCAUAUAGGAGCAGGUAUAGGUCAGUUUUAACUUAUACUGUAAAAUCAUUUAAUUUUCAUGGGCAUGAAAUUUCAUGGUCUUGGUCAAAACGGCAAUUUCAUGGGGAUAUGAAUUUGUGAAUUUCAACUUUUGAACAUAAAAUGAAUGGGAAUUUUACUUGUUUAAUGGGAUUAAAAUGAAUUUCAUGGAUUAGCUGAAACACGAAAUCCAUGAAAAUUAGUCCCCCACGAAUAUUGAUGAUUUUACAGUAUGCAGAAAGUGCAAUUUUUAGCAAUAUCAAAUAUAUAUAAUUAUUCAUAGUGUUCUAAAGAGUAAAAUAAAAAUACAGAUUUUUAAAAGUGAUGUACAGAUUUAUUUGUUUAAAAACACAAAUUUAGAGGUAGACCUAGUGCAAACACCGUUAAAGAGGUCCGUUGUUGUAACGUUACUGUCUCCCCCUCAAAAUGAAAGUCUAUGAUCAUAUAUUGACUUGUUAUAGUCCUCAAAAUCUCAACAUUGUUGGGGUUUUCUUCUGGUGUGUUACAUUUAAGGGUUUAUUAUGAUUAUUGAGCUAUAUCUGGAAUUUGGCUGUGUGCAAAAUUACUCGUAUUUGUGUGUCAACACAUACAUACCAUACAUGUAGUAUAUUAGUACUCUUAAUAUUGCCAAUGAUAGACUUAAUAUCUUAAUAUGAGAUCUUUCUGCACUGUAAUUGUUAUUCAUAUUGUUGUACACAAAUAAUAUAUUAAAAGUCCCUCAUUUUUAGUAAAAAUACUAGACAUAGGACUGAGUGAAUUAAUGAUCCCUAAGUGUAUAUUUAGUAGAAUGGAAGUGUAAAAUACUGUUAUAAAGCAAGGGUUGCAUAACUGUAUAAAUGUAUAGACAGAAUAAAGUUACAUGUGCAAUAGUAUCACAGAUAAUUGUAAAACCUUUAAUGUAGAUUUGUUCAUUAUUUAUGGCAUAAAUGGUUGUAUGUAUACUGCAUUUUAAAUAAUGUUUUUAGAUAUUUGAAUAAAAUUCAUAGUCAUGUUAAUUUAUUCUAGGAGGUUGUAACACAAGAGAUUUCAUAGAAAAUUUGAUUCACUUAUAGAAUCUGAAGGUACUAAAAUAGAAACAUCUGUAAGUUUGUUUUGGUGAUUUUGUUAGUGUAAUCCAUGUUAGUCAGUUGUGUAAAAUUGAAUUGCACCUGAUUAUAAUAUAACUUUUUGUUACUUUUAUUUCAUUUAUUAUGAAUUUGUUAGGAGUUCUGUCCAAUAAAGAUGUUGGGUAGAGACUACCUCCCUUGAAUAACUGGUAAACACUUGCAGGAUAGUUAGCAAAUGAUCUAUAAAAUUCUAAACAAACUUGUCAUAUUCAACCAUACAUGUCAAGGUUAUUGUUUAAAAAGACAGUGUUCCUUAUAACUUAUGAACAGAAUGUCACACUGUCUUGAAAAUAUUUGCUCCAGUAAGAUGAUAGCCAGGGGAGAUAAGUUAUGCAAUGUUAAAGUCAUUUAUAAACUGAAUUGUCUUCCUUUUAUAUUGAGAAACUGACCAAAAAAGACAUACAAAUAAAGGUAAAUUUUAUUUAACGUCACUUUGUGAAAUAAUGAACAUGAGCUCUGUAGAGCUUUUUUAGCAACCCUGUUUCAAAAACAGUUAACCAAUUGUACCUUACCCCCAGCAAUUUGCUGGUACCCAUUUACAGCUGGGUCAGAUGAGGCAGUUGUGAUAAAGUACUUUGCCCAAGGACACACUGCAGUAGGAGUAGCAAGGAAUUGAACCCCGGGCCUUCACCUCUAGGAAAGCGUCUUAGCCCUCUCGACCAGUGCGUCCACUGGUUGCAUGACAUGAAUACAAGUAAGAAAAUACAAACAAACAAGUCCAUCCACAUUCAUCAGGAUUCCACCAGUUCAAAUCCUGAUGUAAAAGCCAUUUUGGCAAAAAUUGCGAUAUUGAAUGACAACAAAAUCAGAUGAUUUAACAAGAGGUGGAGGUAUCUAAAAGCUGUUUGUGCAGGGAAUACUCAGAUACUUUAACAUUUUUAUGUGUCUGCUUAAACUUUAAAACCUCAUUUGAAUACAUGUACAUAUAAUGUUUUAUCAAUGUGCAUCUUUUACUCUUACAAAAUUACAAUGCUUUCAAUAUCCACCCCUCUGAUUCUUAAUAAAUCCCUACAUGUAUGUGUAUGUUAAUAAAAGUAUUCAAGCUGUCCAUUAUUUGUGUUUGAAGACUCCUAAUAAAGAACUUUGUUAAGCGUUCAAGCUUUAAAGUAGUUACUGUAUGCAUAUUUGGACAAAAAAUGAUAUAUGAUGUAGAGUUUAAUUUCACCUAGUUUUUUACAUAAGAAUAAAGUUUUGAUAUCACUGAAGUUGACCUUUCAGGACUAUGUGAAAUAAGACAUUGUAAACUUUAUUUUAUCAAGAAAUAUGACAUUUUGUAAAGAAAUAUGAAAAUGAAGCAUUUAGGUGUGAUUUCAUCAUUUUAAACUGAUCAGUUUUUCCCAGUCUUCUUUAUAUUUUAAUAAUGAAUAUCACAUUUUGUCAGUUUACGAAUUUUUAAACUAUCUAUUUAAGAAUUUAGUUCAUGAAAUGGAUUAAAAACAUGGUUAUUAGUAAUUUAUAUAAUUAUUAUGCACCAAGCUUGUUCAUGACAGUUAUGCUGUAUGUAUGUUCAUGUAUAUACAUUGUGUAUGUAUAACCAUAUCAUUUGUACCUGAAGUUGUUGCUGAGUAAACUUUACAUUUAAAACCAAAUUUAUAUGGUUGUUUUUUUUUUUUGUGAACUUAGGCUGUAUAGGUUUUGUUUUCUAAAUGUAUGAAACGCAUAUUUCAUCUGACAACUUCAUUAAUUUUUUUGAUUUCAAAAACCUGUUGUUACAUUGAUAAUUUCGAAUACUUUUCAUUACAUUGUCUGAACUUAGUAAUAAAAUGGACUGGAUAGUUUCUACAA